AUGAGGAGAGUCAGCAGCUGUGUUGACAUGGAUGAGGAGAGUCAGCAGCUGUGUACUAACAUGGAUGAGGAGAGUCAGCAGCUGUGUACUAACAUGGAUGAGGAGAGUCAGCAGCUGUGUACUAACAUGGAUGAGGAGAGUCAGCAGCUGUGUACUAACAUGGAUGAGGAGAGUCAGCAGCUGUGUACUAACAUGGAUGAGGAGAGUCAGCAGCUGUGUACUAACAUGGAUGAGGAGAGUCAGCAGCUGUGUACUAACGUGGAUGAGGAGAGUCAGCAGCUGUGUAUUAACAUGGAUAAGGAGAGUCAGCAGCUGUGUACUAACAUGGAUAAGGAGAGUCAGCAGCUGUGUACUAACAUGGAUAAGGAGAGUCAGCAGCUGUGUACUAACAUGGAUAAGGAGAGUCAGCAGCUGUGUACUAACAUGGAUAAGGAGAGUCAGCAGCUGUGUACUAACAGAGCUGAGGAGAGUCAGCAGCUGUGUACUAACAUGGAUAAGGAGAGUCAGCAGCUGUGUACUAACAUGGAUAAGGAGAGUCAGCAGCUGUGUACUAACAUGGAUGAGGAGAGUCAGCAGCUGUGUACUAACAUGGAUGAGGAGAGUCAGCAGCUGUGUUCUAACAUGGAUGAGGAGAGUCAGCAGCUGUGUUGA